UUUACUGAAAUAUAUUUUAAACGUCUGGAUGACAGAUGUUUGACAAAUCAUUAUUUAAAAUCAGUGAAAAGGGAAAUGAUAUUGAAUAAUGGAUUCUUUAUACAAUCAAACCAACAAAUUAAUUCAACAGACUCAGGCCAGUUUUCAAUUGCUAGAAGGUAACGUUAAAAAUGCCAUAGAAAUAGAAACUGAUAUACAACAAAAUCUUGAUGUUAUAAAUAGUAAUUGUAGUAAAUUGGAUUUAUAUGUGUUAAAACUACCUUUUGACCAACGACAAAAUGUUAAAAUGAGAUGUGAUCAAUUAAAAUAUGAUAGCAAGCAUUUACAAGCUGGUCUAUUAGCGGCCCAACAAAAAAGAGCUCGAAGAGAGGCAGCUGCUAGUGAAAGAGAACAAUUAUUAAAUAGAAGGUUUGCACCCAAUCCAGAAGUAACUGCCAUCAAUAUAGAUUAUGCAGUACAGCAUCAAAAUUCUUUACAAAAUUCUCAUCGAGGGAUAGAUGAAAUGAUUUACACUGGAAGUAAUACAUUAGAAAUGUUAAGAUCACAGAGAGUUACAUUGAAAGGAGCUCAAAGAAAAAUAAUGGAUAUGGCAAAUACUCUGGGUCUUAGUAAUCAUACAAUGAGAUUGAUAGAAAAAAGACUGCGUGCACAAGUGUUUCGUUGGCAUAAAAUAUUCAAGAAGGGCCGUGAAAGCGUGGAAUAUAAAGUGCUAGGAGUAAGACCAGUUAAGGUGGGCAUUGAUACGAACUGGAUGUACUUGUACAUUGUACCCUAUAUAAAAAUAGUCCCAAACAUUAUUCAGAAGAAAUAUACCACUCAAUUUAAACAAGUCGACACUUGUUAAGACUAGUCUCUAAUUAUAUGAAGAAAUUUUAUAAUAGUUUGGAAUGUGAUAAAUAUAAAAUUCGUAUAUUGUUAAGAUAAUGGAAGCAUAAGUUUGAAGCAGCAGCUGUGGCACAAACGAAAAUAUGUGGAAAUGAAGGGUUAGACACAAUGAGCGAAUUUUAAUAGUAGAGAUUUGACGCUUGAAGAUCGUUCGCGCUCAGGUCAUCCCCUUGCGUGGGAUAUUAAGGUUACAUGGGAAGCACUAGAAAACCAACCUAGUACCAGCAGUCGUCGAUUAUUGGACCUGCUUAAGAAAUCAUACAUCGCCAAUUAAAAUUAUUAGGUGGGAUUUCUAAAAGUGAUCGAAUAGUGCCACACGAAUUAACUGAGAUUCACGCGAAACGUCGAGUAGAGUCCCAUACCCUGCCGAAAAGUUAUAGUUUUAUUACACGUAUUGUUAUUUGUUGGUGUCUGGUGGAAUUAAAAAGGCUUAAUGUACUUUGAAAUAAUUCCAGAUGGUCGAGCUAUCAAUUUCGAGAUAUAUAGUGGAUAGCUGAUGCGAAUGUAUGAGGUUUUAUCUGAGAGUUUAGUUAACCGAAAGCUGACUCACUUACAACAAGACUAUGCUAAACCACAAACUGGAAAAGUAACGCGGUAUGAGAUCGAAGGACUUGGUGGUAUUGAACUCCUACCACAUCCAGAAUUUAGUGUCUAGUUUACUCCGUCAGAUUACGAUAUUCAGAUACAUGGCGAAAUUCUUGCGUGGGAAAAAAUUCAAUCCAAAGGAGAUGUUGAAAAUGCAGUGCCAUAAUUUUUUGCUUCUAAGCCCAAAUAAUGGUUUUACUAAGAUCUCAAAGGACUUACUGAAUGUUGGGUUAUACUUCUAAUAUCAAGACUUUCUGUUUGUAUGAUUAUUCAAUAAACAAAGUGAACAUUGAAAACUGAUAUUAUUUAUAAGACACCCUCUAUAUAUUGAUAUAGUCAAAUAAGAUCAAAUGUUAACACUUACCCACUGCACCCAUUCUAAGAUAAAAACUUCCAUAAUGAUUCUGCUUAUUAUGAAUGGUUGACAACGAAAUCCUCCUAUUUCUGUACGGGUUACGAUUAUGAGAACAAGUUGUAUCAUUGGAAUCAUUAUCUUCGUCAUCAUCUUCGUCUGAAUGAAAUUCUUCGUGAUCGUUCGUUACUGGAGUUUAAGAUCUUAUUUGAAAAUUACCAAUAACUAACUUUAGUUAUGUUAAUUUUUUUAGAAAGGAAAAAUUUCAAAUAAAGAGCAUUCAGUUGAUCAUACCAUACAUAAUCAAUGCCGGUAGAUAGAUUCCAGAUGUCAAGUUUGCAAAAUUGACAAAACUAGAGCUACUGGUGUUUUUUCAUAGUGGGGCUCUAACACUUUCCCAUUUUUGGUUUAGAGAGAAAAACUAAGUAUAUACAGUAGCUGUGCAGAAGACAGUAGCGAAAUUUCAAGGUCUCUCAAUUAGAUAAAUUUUAAUUUUUAAUUCCGAGGCUGUAAUAGAAACGGUUCUCGAGGCAUUUGGUACAAUAUUAUGGCAGGUAACUAUUGUGAACUCGUCGUCCCAAUCAUUUUCAAGUUAAUUCACCUUUAACGAGUACGGAUAGUGUAGGUAUGUGAGGUUUGGCAAUCACUAGUGUGGAAUCUCACGUCGUUAAUUUUUAUAGUCAAUAUGUCGGACGACUGAAGAAAUACAGGGUGAUGAACAAUCCACACAUUUUUUUAUAACAGUUUUUUAAGUUAAUGAACGAAACCAAAACAGAAACGAUUUUGCUUGCGUGGUUUUGAUAGUUUAAACAUGUGAGCAAUAUAUUUGGUUGGAAUUAACUAGGACUAAUCAAAAAAACUGAAACGUUACUUUCUUUUUCUAAAUACCUACAGUGAAAUAUAAAAUUCAGCUAAGUAAGUAAUACUAGUCAUAAUAUGAAUAUCUUUGAGAAUGAUUAAAAAUGGCUCAAAAACUUUUAGAUUAAAAUUGACCGCGUGACAAAAACUAUAUAUAUAGAGUAAAAUAUAAAAUUCAAACUCCAAAUAUAUUCAACUUCGAUAUAUUCCGAGGAGGAAGAGCCGCGAUGUCAAUAUAAGAACAAUACGAUUGGAAAAUUUGACAGAUGGUACUGAGAUAUACAUCGCCAAUGCAGAUAUGUUACAAUAUGAUACAAAUGCACAGUUAUUAUGAAUAAUAAUUAUUUUGAGAAAUUUUACGCUGUUGCUCGGAAUAUAUUGAAAAGUAUAGAGUUUAGAUGAGAACUUACAGUAGCUCUAACGGCAACGACGAAGCGGACUCGCUCGUCGGAUUGGGAUCGGAAAAUCUACCAAUGGGCCCGGCACCCAUUGGUAGCUAUUCUUUGCAAGACUGGCUCUGCAGAGAUGUAUAGAGCCACCUAGCAUGAGAGAAGCACAUAGAUGGGCCUUCAGUUCCUCUUAUCAAAUAACUGCCCAGCACUCACACGGGCACAGUUGAACCACUUGAACAAGCCUAAUGACAUCAAAAGUUUCAAGCCAAAUCGCCCGAUCGACUACCUAUCGAACCACUAAUUUUAAGUGGGGUACGACGGACCUACCAAAAGGCUUAUGUGCUUAACGGUCCAUGGCCGCCCACUAUCCUACUAUUGAACUAUUAGGAACUCUUGAUAAAUAAAGUCAAAUUUAUCAGAAGUUGUGUUUCCACAAAUAGAACAAAAACUUAAUAAGCCGAUGUGCUGUGAUUGGAGGAUGAAGGUGACAUCAAAAAUGAUUAUAUAUAUUUGCUGAAUAAUUUAACUAAAUUACCUGGAACCUGUUUCAUUUCUUUUUUUAUCCUCCGUUUAUUAUUAGCUAAUACGAUAUACAUGUAUAGUAGAAAAAACAUACUGCCAAUAUAAAGAUAUAAAUAAUAUGCUUCGUAAAAUGAUGGUGGGAUAUACGUAGAGAUCACUUCAGCCAUUGGAAAUGCUGUCCCCAUCACUACCAAAAGUUUUCCAUAAAGAGCUGAUAAUGCUGUAGCCAAAGCUUCCCUAAAAUGUAUAAAAUUUCAUGUAACAUGGAAAUCGUUUGAUAUAACUGAUCAGGAUAUAAAAAUCACAUGAAUGUACAUGAGGAACGUGAGUUGAUUAACAUUAAUCUAGUUUGACCACGAACAGUUUCUAGAUGAUAAACUUAUUAAGCUGCUACAAUGAAAACGAGUUAGUCAAUACCAAGAUUGUUGGUUUGUAUUUGCGUAUAGAAUCGAAAUACAGACGCAAAUAUGUUGAGGAAGCUGGUGGUAGUGAUGAAAUACUCAAAUAUUGAAAAGGGAAUAUUUACUUAGAUUUAUCGAAAUUUAUUAUAAGUUGCCGACUUAUUUAUACUUAAACUGAACUAACUUAAACUCAAUUUUGAUUGCUAUAACACAUAUUCUGGAGAAUUCCUUAAAAAUCGAAUGUAGAUACGUUCAAGUACAAAUUUCAUCUGAAUGCUCAUCUUAGAUGUUGAAAGCAUUUAUCUCGAUAUCAUAAGCAAAUUAAAUUUAUCUGUAAUAAUUCGAUCGAAAUACUAAAAAGUAACAGGUGAAUUUGAAUAAAUUAUAAAGUAGAAAUAGGGAAGAGUUAAUUAUUAAAAAUAUUGUAAAUAGUAAAGUAAAUGUAAAAAAUUAAGUGCGUAAGAGACACUGUGUAUAAAUUCACUCCCCCCCGUUAGAAAAAAGUUCAAAUAAAUAAGAAAAACAUUACAAUACAUUAAAAUAGUUCAUAGGUUAUACAUUAUAUAGAUUGUGAAUGUACAUAUAUGGAAUGAAUACAAAUUACAUUAAAAGUUCUUACGAU